GAGCUCCCCCCGGGAAUCGGCCUGGGCGGGAGAGGAGUCGCCUUCUCUCUCUCCCUCUCCCAACCUCCUUCUUUUGCUUCCCUAUCCCGUCGCCUCCCGUCCCACCUAAUCCCCCAUCUUUUCACGAUGCAUCCCGGUCUUAUAUAGCACGAUCUUUUCCGUGAAAUGGGAGAGCUCAACGACGACCCUCGCUCCGAAAAAGUGGACAAGAUGGGGGGAUUUUAGCGAAUAGUUUGCAGGGUUGCUGUUGUUGAUCUGGGGUUCCGCCUGCUAUUCUGACGACGUCAACAUGCCGGGAAUCGUAAUGGAUGGAGUCGGUACGAACGUGACGCCAAAUGGAUUGAAUUCUUCAGAUAUCAAAGAGAACCAAACCGCAUCAAGAUCACCGAUUUCUCCAAGCCUGAAGAGUGCGCCGAGUGAGGCUCUGGAACUUGUUCUUGACGGUUGCAAGGACCUCUCGAUCGAGCAGCUGUAUCAUAACGUGUGUGAGAUGGAGAGCUCCAGCAACGAAUCACUGUCUCAACAGAGCUUUGGCUCGGACGGUGAGGAGUCAAGAAUCGACUCGGAGCUGUGUCAUCUGGCAGGUGGGGAAGGGGACUCCGUGAAAUCAAUAAACCAGAGAGAGGAAAAUGGGAUGGCUGCACAGAAACAAGAGAAUACCUCAAAGACCCAGUCCCCUAAUAUCUCAUCGAAGAAGUCGAGAAGGCCUCCUGGAUUGCGACUGAAGUCUGAUGCCUCCAUGAAUUCCAGCACUAGGGCCAAAAGCUCCCCUGAGAAAGACGAUAAAAGUGUGGCGAAGCUUGGCUCUGCGGUGGGGCGUCUGAAGAAACAGAACAAGUACCCUAGAGGAGAGCCAAAUUGGGAGAACGGAACCCAGGAUCCAUCGGAAGCAGGGCUGGAGAACCCAGACCUGGGGCCUUUCCUUCUUAAGCAUGCGAGGGAUUUGAUUGCUUCCAAUAAUGCAAAAAGAGCUCUCAAGUAUGCCCUCCGAGCAGCCAAUUCAUUCGAGAAAUGCGCCGGCGGGAUGCCCAGCUUGGACUUGGUCAUGAGCCUCCACGUCGUAGCAGCGAUCUACUGCAACCUAGGACAGUAUGCGGAGGCUGUCCCGGUUCUUCACCGCUCGAUUGAGAUUCCAGCCCUUGAGGAAGGCCUAGAGCAUGCACUUGCCAAGUUUUCUGGUUAUAUGCUGCUAGGUGACACAUACGCCAUGCUGGGGCACCUGGGGAGCUCCCUGCAGUGCUACACGGAAGGAUUGGCGAUUCAGAGUCGUGCGCUGGGUGAUAUGGAUCCACGAGUCGGUGAAACUUGCCGCUACGUCGCCGAAGCUCAUGUCCAAGCCCUCCAGUUUGAUGAGGCCGAGAGGUUGUGCCGGAAGGCUCUUGACAUACACAGAGAGAAGGGCGAAACCGCGUCUUUGGAAGAAGCAGCAGAUAGGAGGCUCAUGGCUCUCAUUUGUGAUGCCAAGGGAGAUCAUGAAGCGGCCCUGGAGCAUCUAGUCUCGGUGAGCAUGGCCUUGGUGGCCAAUGGCCAGGAAACAGAGGUGGCUUCCGUUGACUGCAGCAUCGGAGACAUCUAUCUCACGUUGGGACGAUACGAGGAGGCGGUGUUUGCAUACCGGAAGUCUCUGACCGUGUUUAAGGCCACCAAAGGGGAGAACCAUCCAACAGUCGCGUCGGUCUUUGUUCGUCUUGCUGAUUUAUACAACAGGAUCGGAAAGUUCAGGGAAUCCAAGUCCCACUGCGAAAACGCUCUUCGAAUCUACGGCAAGCCAAUUCCCGGUGUAUCCUCGGAGGAAGUCGCCGCCGGUCUGACCAAUGUCUCUUCCAUAUUCGAGUCGAUGAACGAGCAUGAGCAGGCACUGAAGCUACUACAGAAGGCCUCGAAGAUGUACAGUAACUCUCCUGGCCAUCAAAACACCAUCGCGGGCAUCGAGGCACAGAUGGGGGUGCUACACUACAUCAGAGGCGACUACGACGAGUCCUAUAUUUCCUUCAAGAAUGCCAUCACCAAGCUGCGGGCAUGCGGGGAGAAGAAGUCGGCUUUCUUUGGAGUUGCGUUGAACCAGAUGGGCCUUGUUUGCGUUCAGAGGUUCGCAAUCAUCGAGGCCGCGGAGCUGUUCGAGGAAGCCAGGAGCAUUCUCGAACAAGAGUAUGGACCAUUUCAUCCGGACACAUUAGGUGUGUACAGCAAUCUCGCCGGAACUUACGAUGCUAUGGGAAGGUUGGACGAAGCCAUUGAGAUCCUGGAGUAUGUUGUCGGGAUAAGGGAGGAAAAUUUGGGAACGGCCAACCCAGAGGUAGAUGAUGAGAAGAGGAGGUUGGCCGAGUUGCUGAAGGAGGCUGGCAGAGUGAGGAACAGGAAACCCAGGUCUCUGGAAACUCUGCUCGACAAGAAUCCGCAUGCUAUGAACAAAAACACUGUUACUGCAGUGGUAUGAGAAGGGUAUCGAGGCGUGAAGCACUCAUAUUAUUAUUAUUAUGUCGAAUGCUUUGUUGUCGUUCCUUAUGCUGCGAUUCCAGGGACGAGGGAGGGUUAAUAAUAUUCAACUUUGGCUGUACA